UUUUUUGGCUUACUGUGAGCAGGAAGUGUCGAGCCGGUCGAGGAAAUCAAAGUCCACGCUAAGCGGUGUGUUGAUUCAGAGGGGAGUGAGUUGUGAGUGCGGCUGAAUCUAGAGAAUGGCAGACCUUAUCGCUGAAUACACGUCCCGAAUUCAACAGCAGGAGAGUGAGAUCAGAUCUCUUUCAGCUGAGAUCGAGAAGUUGAAGAAUCCGGAUACCUCAGGCUUCUUGUCACAUCUGGACGGGCUGCGGGAGGAGAACAUAAAACUCAAAUACCGGUUGAAUAUUCUGAAGAAGAGCCUCCAGGAGGAAAGCAGCAAGUGUAGUAAAAACAUGAUCAACAUCAAUCAGAGGCUCCAGGAAACCUUCGGGGCCGCCAUCCGAGCCGCCUACCCACACCUGGAGAACCCCCCUCUGGCUGUGACUCCCAACCAGCAGCCCAAGUUCGGAGAUUAUCAGUGCAACAGUGCCAUGGCAAUGGCUCAGAUGAUGAAGUCAAAAGGACAGAAGGUCAGUCCGAGGGAAAUUGCAGAGAAUAUUGUCAAGAACAUUCCUGACAAUGAAAUCAUUGAGAAAGUGGACAUCGCUGGACCAGGGUUUAUCAAUGUGCAUCUCAGAAAGGACUUUGUGUCUAAACUGCUGACAAGCCUGCUGGUGAAUGGUGUGCAGCCUGCAGCAGCAGGACCCAAGAAAAAGGUCGUUGUGGAUUUCUCUUCUCCUAACAUUGCCAAAGAGAUGCAUGUGGGUCACCUGAGGUCCACAAUCAUCGGAGACAGCAUGUGCAGGCUCUUUGAAUUUCUGGGGCAUGAAGUCAUAAGGUUAAACCACGUAGGUGACUGGGGGACCCAGUUCGGCAUGCUUAUCGCACACCUUCAGGACAAAUUCCCAGACUAUCUGACAGCCUCUCCUCCCAUCGGAGACCUCCAGGCCUUCUACAAAGAGUCUAAGAAGCGUUUUGACAACGAGGAAGAGUUCAAAAAGCGUGCAUACCAGUGUGUGGUGAAGCUGCAGAGCAAAGACCCUGCCUUUAUUAAAGCAUGGAGUUCAAUCUGCGAUGUCUCCAGGCAAGAGUUUCAGAAGGUCUAUGACUGUCUGGAUAUUAAGCUGAUUGAAAGGGGCGAGUCUUUUUAUCAGCAUAUGAUGACGGAAGUGGUGAAGGAAUUUGAAGACAAAGGGCUGGUGCAGGUGGAUGAAGGGCGUAGAGUGGUGUUCGCCCCGGGCUGUGCCGUGCCCCUGACGGUUGUGAAGUCAGAUGGAGGUUACACCUACGACACCUCGGACCUGGCGGCUCUGAGACACAGACUGUUUGAGGAGAAGGCAGAUAUCAUCAUCUACGUGACAGACAGUGGGCAGGCGGGUCACUUCCAGAUCGUGUUCGCCGCAGCGCAGCUGAUUGGCUGGUACGACCCCGAGGUGACCAGAGUGGAGCAUGCUGGCUUCGGAGUCGUGCUGGGGGAGGACAAGAAGAAGUUCAAGACCAGGUCAGGGGACACGGUUCGACUGAUGGACCUGUUGGACGAGGGACUGAAGCGCUCCAUGGACAAACUGAAGGACAAGGAAAGAGACAAGGUAUUAACCCCUGCAGAGCUGGAAGCUGCCCAGAAGGCAGUGGCGUUUGGCUGUGUGAAAUACGCUGAUCUCUCGCACAACCGCAUCAACGACUACGUCUUCUCCUUUGACAAGAUGCUGGAUGACCGAGGGAACACUGCAGCCUACCUGCUGUACGCCUUCACCAGGAUCAGGUCCAUUGCGCGGGUGGCUAACAUCGAUGAAGCCUCGCUGCGCAGGGCGGCUGGCACCACGGAGAUGGUCUUGGACCACGAGAAGGAGUGGAAGCUGGGGAAGUGCAUCCUGAGGUUCCCGGAGAUCCUGCAGAAGAUCAUGGAGGAUCUACUGCUCCACACGCUGUGUGACUACCUGUAUGAGCUCGCCACCACCUUCACCGAGUUCUACGACAGCUGCUACUGCGUGGAGAAGGACAGGCACACCGGUGACGUGGUGAAGGUCAACAUGUGGCGCAUGCUGCUGUGCGAUGCCACGGCCGUCGUCAUGGCGAAGGGCUUCGACAUCCUGGGGAUCAAGCCAGUCCAGAGGAUGUAGGAUAUAGCCGUGCACGCGCCUGCCACUCCUCACAGCACACGCUGUAUCAGCUCUUAUAUUUUACUGUAUCUUAAAUAAAAAAGAAAGAAAACAAA